UAACAAAAGUCAUAUUUCAAGUUAUUGUAUUGUAAAACCCUAACCCCACUGCCCUUGGAGAACAUCUAGAGAAGAGAAGAGGAGAGAAGAAGAGGCGAGAAGCAGAGCUGAAACGAUGAGCAGAGUUGUCACCAUCUUCGAUCUGCCAUCCAUUCGCGAGCACUGUUCUUAACAUCUGGACUAUUGGAAAAUUUGGAAUCACUCCUCGUUCUGGGGGAAGCGGGGUAUUGAGAAACAGCCUUUUCAACUUCCUGAUUUCAUUGCUGCCACUGGGAUUGAAAAACUAAGACAGACAGUGAAUAAAUGCUUGGCAACAAUGGAGAAACACGGCCGCAGCGCAACAACAGUCGGCCAAAUAGAAAUGAAGAGUGUUUGGCGACAAUGGAGAAACACAGCCGCGGCGCAACAACAAUCGGCCAAAUAGAAACGAAGAGGAAGGAGACUAGGAGAAGGCCGAAGGAUAGAUGGGUCGAGGACUCGAGCAAUUGAGAGAGACGGGGAGUUACGACCAGCCACCGCUGCAGCGUGCAAUCCAGCAACUCAGUUAGAGUAGUCCAACUUAAAACUUGACAUUCUGAGAGCUUCCAUCAAUGCCGAAGAGAAAUCAACAGCAGCACCAACAGCCGUUGUAUGCUGAUGACUCCUCUGUCUCCUCCAAGAAGAGAUCACGAGCACCUAAGCAACACCAAACAGAAGACAAGAUGAUUUCGACUGGAAUGAGCUCCAAAAUUUUGAAAGAGGCCUUAAUUCAGCAAAAGGAGAUUCAAGAUGAAGCUGAGGGACAAAACCCCAACUCUUCUUUCUUUGCAAUUACUGAAGAACCAAAUGCUACUGCUGAUGGCGGUGAAGAAGAGGAUAUCGAUGCCUUCAAUGGUUUUUCUGAAACUCUUAGCCUCUACGAUGGCUAUGCAGAUGAAGAGGAGAUUGAUGAGGAGGAGGAGAAAGUUUUGGAAGCUUUUAUGUCAAAGAACACUGGCCCACAACAGACGUUGGCGGACCUCAUUUUAAAGAAAAUCAAAGAAAAAGGCACAGAGGUUUCUUCAGAAGCACAACCCCUUCCUAAACUGAACCAGACCAUCAUAGAUUUAUACAAGGGUGUUGGCAAACUGCUUGGUAGAUACACAACUGGUAAAGUGCCAAAGGCAUUCAAACACAUCCCCUCAAUGGAGCUUUGGGAGGAUGUACUAUACUUGACAGAACCUGAGAAUUGGUCACCAAAUGCCGUGUAUCAAGCCACAAGAAUCUUCUCUUCCAAUUUGGGUGUGAGGAAGGCCCAGCGCUUCUACAAGCUUGUCUUGCUCCCAAGGAUUAGAGAAGACAUGCGGAAGAAUAAGAGGCUCCAUUUUGCAUUAUAUCAAGCUUUGAAGAAGUCACUUUACAAGCCAGCAGCCUUCUUCAAGGGUAUUUUGUUUCCACUGUGUGAGUCAGGAACUUGCACUCUUAGGGAAGCUGUAGUUAUUGGAAGCAUUAUUCAGAAGGUUUCUAUUCCACCACUUCAUUCAAGUGCUGGACUGCUGAAGCUUGCAGAGAUGGAUUAUUGUGGCACAACUAGUUAUUUUCUAAAGCUUUUUCUGGAAAAGAAGUAUGCAUUGCCCUACCGUGUACUUGAUGCCGUCGUUGCUCAUUUUAUGAGAUUUCUCUAUGAAACAAGGAUAAUGCCUGUGAUAUGGCACCAGUCACUACUUGCAUUUGUGCAAAGGUACAAGAAUGAACUUACAAAGGAAGACAAGGAUAAUCUGGACGGUCUACUUCAACACCAGAAACAUUACUUGGUCACACCUGAAAUCCGGAGGGAGCUUGCAAGUGGUCGUAACCGGGGGGAGAAAGAGGAUGUUCUCAUGUCAAUUUCAUCACCUAUUUCUGUAAUCAAUAAACCAAUUGAAGAAGACAGGUUUGAUUUGCCUGAGGUUCCAAUGGAAGAGGAUUGAAUUUUGCUAGCGGCUGGUCUUUUAAUGCAUGCUUGGUUUUUUCUGGAAAUGAAGGAGGGAUGACAGAAUUGAAUAUAUUCUUCUUGGUCUUGAGAUAAAAUCAGGAUCUUCUGUGGUUUCAGCUCUACUAAGUUUUUGCUAAGCGGAGUCAAGUUUUUUUUAAAGGGGUUGUGUGCUAUUUAAUUAUUGAUUAUUGAAAAUGGCAAUCCAUUCUGAAUCUCCAUCAAAAGGAAAGGAUCUAUGCCAAUUGUCACACAGCUCCUGAUUCUGUGGGACUUGCAGCGUCAUUCUUCAGGUGAUGCAGGAUCAAUAUAGGCCUUUGUCAAGCCACUAAAAUUUUGUAGUUUACCUCAAAUGUUUCUGUUUUGGGAUAUCAGCUGAUUUUUUUGUUGGUUUUAAGAAACAUUUUGUAGAACGCUUAGGAACUUGUCUUAUUGAUGGGUUUAGUAGCACUUUGUGUAGAACAGAUCUUAUUGAUGAUGUUAUUCUUGCAGCAAAUGAAGUUCAUUUAUUUCUUGCCC